AUGGCUCCGGGUGGCUCAACGCGGUCGCAAGUCACACCAUACUUGAUUUACCUGGUGUUUAUCGCCACGUUAGGCCCGCUCCAGUUUGGCUAUCAUCUGGCCGAGCUGAAUGCUCCGCAAGCAGUCGUGACGUGCGCGAAGAAAAGUAUCCAUGGCUCUACCGCUGGCAUCAAGGGCCUGCCACAAUGCAUUCCCAUGAAUCCCUCCCAGUUCGGCUUGGUCUCGUCAAUCUAUACCCUCGGUGGUCUAUUAGGAGCCCUGCUGGCAGGGCCAGUAUCGACCAAGUACGGACGCCGAGUGGCGAUGCUUGCGACGACCGUUUUCUUUGUCCUCGGCCCCGUGGCAGAGACUCUCGCGCCCGCGAUCCCAGUCCUCGCUCUGGGCAGGUUCCUCUCCGGCAUUGGAUCUGGUGCUGCGAUUGUGGUGGGCCCUAUCUACGUGUCUGAGAUUGCGCCGCCGCAGUCGCGAGGCUUCUUCGGCGCAUUUACCCAAGUCAUGACCAAUGUUGGUAUCCUACUGACCCAGGGUCUGGGAUACUUCUGGAGCCAUGAUAGCUCCUGGCGGCUGAUUCUCGCCGUGGCCGGUAUGAUUGGAGCAUUAGAGCUUCUGGGCCUAUUUAUGGUCCCGGAGAGUCCGACUUGGCUUGCUGAGCACGGCUCCGUGAGCCAGGCCCGCCGGGUCCUGCAGCGCAUUCGCGGCAAGGAUGCCGACAUCGAAGCUGAGACCCAGACCUGGAGAACGUCGGGCGCCCCUGAAGAGGAGUCUCUGUUGGCUCCAGCGGCCGGCACUACGCGCUCCAAGCAAGAUCCCGUGACUAUCAUGCAGGCCAUUCGCGAUCCCUUCUACCGGCCCGCCAUUAUUGCUGUCGUGGGCGUCAUGGUCGCGCAGCAACUCACUGGUAUCAACAGCAUUGUCAUGUACAGCGUCUCCUUACUGCAAAGCAUCUUGCCCACGACGGCGGCCCUACUGACCGUAUUCAUCUCAGCCAUCAACCUCGUCAUGACGUUGGUGUGCUCCCCAUUGCCCGACCGGAUUGGUCGGAAGACCUGUCUACUGCUUAGCAUUGCCGGUAUGGGCAGUAGCUCGAUAUUAUUGGCCCUGGGGAUCUACUUUAACCAGAAGAUCGCAUCCGCGAUCGCCGCCCUAUUGUUUGUGGCCUGUUUCGCGGUUGGUCUGGGCCCGGUGCCUUUCAUCCUGGCCUCGGAGCUCGUGGGGCCCGAAGCGGUUGGCGCGGCGCAAAGUUGGGCGCUGGCGGCCAACUGGACUGCGACAUUUGUGGUCGCGCAGUUCUUCCCCGUGCUGAAUGAUGCGCUCGGGGGCCGCGGAAAGGUGUACUGGGUCUUUGCAAUGAUGGCGGGGCUUCUGGGAGUGUUCAUAUACCGCUGGGUUCCGGAGACCAACGGCAAGGCGAAUGCGGAUGAGGUUUGGGGUCGAGUGGACCGACGAGAAGACUAA